GACACCUGGGUCCAGGGGAGGGAAGAGGGACCGCUGACCUUUCUCCCCCCUCCCCAUAGACCCCCCGCAGCUGCUGGGACCCUCCUGCUCCUGGGAGGACAGGGGUCUGCACUGCAGCUGCUCCUCCCGAGCCCAGCUGGCCCCCUCCCUGCGCUGGCGGCUGGGGGAGGGGCUGCUGGAGGGGACCCUCAGCAACGCCUCCUACAUGGUCACCUCCAGCUUGGCUGGGGCCUGGGCCAACAGCUCCCUGAGCCUCAGUGAGGGGCUCAGCUCUGGCCUCAGCCUCAGCUGCGAGGCUCAGAAUGCCCACGGGGCCCAGGGCGCCAGGGUCCUGCUGCUGCCAGGUCAGGGGGCUCCGGAGGGGUGAUGUCUGGGGGAAGAGGAGCCUGGGCUCCUGCAUUAGUUUGCUAGGGCUGUCAUAAUGAAGUACCUCAGACUGAGGGCUUAAACAAUGGAGAUUUAUUGUCUCCCAGCUCUGGGGCCUGGAAGCUUGUGACCAAGGUAUGGUUAGGGUUGAUUCCUUCUGAGGCCGUGAGAAUGUUCCAGCCUUCUCCCCUUGCUUCUGGGGGUUUCCUGGCCAUCUUUGGGAGUCCUUGUCUUUUGGGAGCAUCACCCCAAUCUCUGCCUUCAUGUUUACGUGGCAUUAUUUUUUCUGCAUGCGUGUCUGUGUCCAAAUUUCCCCUUUUUAUGAGGAUAUCAGUCAUAUUGGAUUACAGUCCACCCUAACGAUCUCAUUUUUCACUUGAUCACCUCUGUAAAGACUCUAUCUCCAAAUAGGAGCACAUUCUGAGUUACUGGGGUGUGAGGGGACUUCAGCAUAUGAACUUGGGGACGGGGAACCCAUAACAGCCCCAGAGAGAUGGAGCUCCUUGGAGGAGAAGCACCCCCAAGGCCCCAACCCGAGUGGCUGGGGGAGAAGGUUCUCAGUCCUGAGCCCAGGAAGAGGGCUUGGUCCAGGGUCCACAGGUCUGAGCCCUGAAUGGGAAGUGGGUACAGUAAAGGAAUACACACACACAGAGAGAGAGAUAGAGAAAGGGAGAGAGAGAGGGAAUGGCCUGCUGGGCAGAUGCCAUGUACUGGGGUUGGAGUUUACACAAAACUCUAAUUAUCUACAGGUCAAUCACAGCCCAGGGCCAGCUGGGUCCUGGGAGCUGUUGGGGGAGCUGGCUUCAUGGUCCUGCUUUCUCUCAGCCUUUGCCUCAUCUUCAGAGUGAAGACCCGCAGGGAGACCCAGCCAGUGCAAAGCAUGGAUGAUAGGCGCCAAGUCGUGGGCUCCGGCUCCCGGGAGCAUCAGUUCGGGACAGACACCCCUGCAGACUCCCCGGCCCCUGCUGGGGCUGGCCCCAUCUCACAAGACGAAUGCCAGCUGCACUACGCCUUCCUCAGAUUUCACAAGCUGAAGCCUCAGGGACGGGAAGGCAUGGACACUGAAUACUCAGAGAUCAGGACACACAAGUGAGGAAUCACAGUCUCACAGUUCUGGAGGCUGAAAGUCUGAGAGCAAGGAGUCAGCGGGGUUGGUUCCUUCUGAGGCCCCGCUCCUUGGCUUGUAGACGGCCAUCUUCCCGCUGUGUCCUCACAUGGUCUUCCUUCUGUGUGUGUGCAUGUGUGUCCUAAUUUAUUCUUCUUGUAAGGACACCAGAUGUAUUGGAUUAGAGCCCACCCUGAUGACCUCCUGUUAACUGAAUUGCCUCUUUAAAGACUCUAUCCCCAAAUACAUUCAUAUUCUGGAGUACCCGGGAUUAGAACUUCAAUUGAUUAAUUUUAUGAUUGUUUUCAGCCCAUCACACUCCACCUCCAACUAUUGUAAAGUGAAUGACUUUCUUGGCAAUGGUAUGAGUGCCCUGGUGUACGUGGAAGACCACAGGACUUGGGACCAAAGGCACUGAGUUCAAGUCCGUCCGUGCCACUUACUGAGGGAGUCCCUUUGGCUCUCUGUGGCUCACGUCACUGUUCUGCAGAGCAGGUCAACCAUCUGUGUCUAACCAGAUUGUCGUGGAAGAAUGAAAGAUACACAGAAGGCAGCUAACAAAAGUCGCUUUUUGUGGACUCUGAACACAGACUUGUGCCAGGACUUUGGUUGCCUGUUUUAACAGAAAGUUUUUGCUAACCACUUCUCCUAAGGCACGGAGGGCCCAGUGCCAGAGCCCACAGAGCUCUCCCCGCUAGGACUGGAAACAAGGCGAGGACGGCUGCUCUCACCUCUUCUGUCACACGGUGUAUUGUAGGUUCUCCCCAGUGCAAUACGUGUGAGAAAUAGAAAUAAGAACUAUCUCAUGCAUGAAGUAAGAAGUAAAAUGGUCUUCAUUCACAGACAACAAAAUUGUGGGCAUACAAAAUCUAAAGUGAUCCACGAAGAAGCUUCUGAAACCAAGGAGAGAGUUUAGCCAGGUGUUAAGAUACUUGUUCAAAUUCCAAAAUUCCUCUGCAAUUCUACAUAUUGGCCAAGGACAAUCAGAAAUUGAGUAUUUUUUCAAGAUGCAGGUUACAGUAACACGAAAUGUGAAAUUAAAAUAUAAGCAAGUCCUGUACUUUGAAAAUAGUAAAAUACUGCUUAAAGAAAUGAAAGAGGCCCUGACUAAGUGGAGAUGUAGAUCAUGUUCAUGGAUUGGAAGAGUCAGGAUUGUCAGGGGACCAGUUUCCCCAAACUGAUGGCCAAAUUCAGUGCAAUCGCAAAUUCUCAGUGAGUGCUUUGGUAGAACUUGACAAGCUGAUUCUAAAAUAAACAUAGAAAAGCAAAUAACAAGAAUGUCCUAACACAUUUUGAAAACUGACAGUCAAUCCAUUUAAGGAGAGCCCCCCUCCAGUGCCUGUCCCACUCUCCCAGGAUCCCCACCACUUCCUCCACACCCACCAGCUGCACAGCCAAAACCUUUUCUCCAUAUCCAGGAGCAAGACUCAUUCCCAAAAGAUCCUGCUGGUUCCCAGUGGUGAUCAUGCCCAGCCUGGCGGUCUUCAUCCCACGUGUGCUGAGCACCAGAACCCCGUGGCCAGAGGUCUGCAUGAGCAAUGCCUUGCCUGCUCCGUGCAGGCCAGUGAGGGGAGUGUCUUGAUUUGUCAAGUUCCCCUCUUUCUCUCUCCUCUCAGUAGAGAGCCAGUCUCAUCCUUUUGUGCUUGGAAGAAACGAAGGACAUAAUACAUGAAUGAAAGCCUGCUUCCCUGUACUUACAAGAAACAGCGCUAAAACAGAAAGGUUCGAACGACAAGAUGGUAAAAGAUUUCACCGUGCAAGCACUAAGCGUGGAAAAUGGCAUCCUUCAGAAUGAGCACUUCAUGAAGAUCAAAGGUUUUAAUUCACUCUCCUCCCCACAUAUAGAAUUCUAAAUAUGGUCGCACCCGCAGAUGGAAUCUCAAAACACACAAAACACAAAUUCUCACAGAAUUACAGCUCCUCGUCACCUGGAGCUCCAGGUGCGGGGAUGCCUACUGUCUCCCCAUGGGGCGGUGACUCAGCGAGCAGCGUCCAGGGCUGGUGUGUGACCCCGGGAGAAGAGGGGAUGCCUGCCACGUGGACACUGGGGGGGGGGCAGUAAACCUCCUCACCUCCCACCUCCCAUGUCCCUACGUCCCACCCUGGCUGGAUCGACCUCUAUAAACAUCUACACCUGUGGCUCGAGGGGUCUGGCCAUUAGGGACCCUUUGUCACUUUGCAGAAAAUGGCCUCCAAGGAGGAGGGCACUGACAGGGAGGCAGGAGGUGGGGUGUCUCCCACCGUGCCUGGCCCAGGGCCCUCGAGAGUGCAUGUGCGGUGGUGGGUGGUUGAUCUCUAAGGGCUCUCCUGGUCCCAGCAGUCUCUGGGGGUGAAGUUCCUCCUCUGAGAAGGGUCAGUGUUCUGACCUCACCCUCAUCUUCCUGUUGGCGGCCGCCUCGAAAUCUUGCAACUUCCAUUUCCAGUUCUUGAGAAACGAACCUUGAGAAAGAGACCUUCCCCGGGGAGCCUGGCAUCGCCAACCCCAGACAUGCUUUUGCUGCUGCCGCUGCUGGCCCUGCUCUGGUGGAUGAGCGGGGCCGCCGAGGGCCAGACGGAGCCCGGGAAGGAUUACACGCUGCGUGUGCAGGAGCUGGUGGUGGUGCAGGAGGGUCUGUGUGUCCACGUGCCCUGCUCCUUCUCCUACCCCUGGCAGAUCUGGACCAUCUUUACCUCUGCUCUCGGCUACUGGUUUCAGGAAGGGGCAGUGACGCUGCAGGAUGCUCCUGUGGCCACCAACAACCCAGAUCAGAAAGUGCAGGAGGAGACCCGGGGCCGAUUCCGCCUCCUCGGGGACCCCCGGGCCUACAACUGCUCCCUGGACAUCAGAGAUGCCAGGAGGAGGGACAACGGUUCAUACUUUUUUCGUGUGGAAAGAGGAAAUACAAAAUAUAAUUACAAAGCUAACCGGCUCUCCUUGUAUGUGACGGCCCUGACCCACACACCUGACAUCCUCAUCCCAGAGACCCUGGAGGCGGGCCGCACCAGAAACCUGACCUGCUCUGUGCCCUGGGCUUGUCAGCGGGGCACACCCCCCAUCCUCUCCUGGAAGGGGGCCACCAUCUCUCCUCAGGUCCCCACGACAGCCCGCUCCUCAGUGCUCACCCUCACCCCACAGCCCCAGGACCAUGGUACCAACCUCACCUGUCAGGUGACCUUGCCUGGAGCUGAAGUGACCACGACGAGGACCAUCCACCUCAAUGUGUCCUACCCGCCACAGAACUUGACCGUGACUGUCUUCCAAGGAAACAGCACAGUAUCCAGAGUCCUGGAGAAUGGCUCAUCGCUUUCAGUCCUGGAGGGCCAGUCCCUGCUCUUGGUCUGUGUCGCUGACAGCAACCCACCUGCCAAGCUAAGCUGGGCCCGGGGGAGCCUGACCCUGAGCCCCUCACAGCCCACCAACCCGGGGGUGCUGGAGCUGCCGCAGGUACUCAUGGGAGAUGAAGGGGACUUCACCUGCCGAGCUCAGAACCAUCUGGGCUCCCAGCACAUCUCUCUGAGCCUGUUCCUGCAGAGGCCAGCGGGGCGCAUGGUAGAGGUGAUCGUGGUGGCCAUCUGGGAGGCGGCUGUCAAGAUUCUGUUCCUCUUCCUCUGCCUCAUCGCCCUCCAAGUGAGGUCUCCCUGGAGGAAGGCAGCCAGGCCCGCAGGGGGCGUGUCAGAUGCAAAAGGCAUCCCAGGUUAACCCCUCAGACUCAUUCAGCAAAUAUUAUGGAAGACCUACUAUGUGCCAGCACAGUCAUAGGAACCAGGGGUACAUCAGUGAACACAACUCCCAAAGUCUCCACCAUCCAAAAGACUUGACUAGACACUUCCGCAAAGAAGAUAAUACAGAUGGCCAGUGAGCACCCAAAACAGAAGCUCAAUCAUUGGAGAAAUGCAAAUCAAGACCAUAAAGACGUACCGCUUCACACCCACUGGGACAGCUGUUGUAUAAAAAACCCAAGAAAAUAGAAAACAGAAAAUAACAAGUGCUGGCGAAGAUGUGGACAGAUUGGAACCCUCACAUGUUGCUUGUGGGAAGGGAAAACGGUGCAGCCUUGUGGAAAACGCUUUGAAUAUCCUCCAAGAGGUCAACAGAAUUACCAUAAGACCCAGCCCCUCCACUCCUCGGUGUAAACUCAAAGGGACUGAAAGCAGGGAUUCCAAAACAGAUACUUGCACACCGUUGUUCAUAGCAGCAAAAUUCACAGCAGUGGUGGAACCAGUCCUAGAGUCCGUCAGCCGAAGAAUGGAUGAACCAGACGUGGCAUACGCAUACAAUAAAAUAUCAUGCACCCUUACAAAGGAGUGAGUACAAUUCUGACACGUGCUACAACACAGACGACCCUUGAAAAUGACAUAUUAAGUGAGAGAAGCCAGGCAGCACUCACUUGAGUCCGCCCGCUCUCCCCUUGAGAGUGUUCUAUCACAAUAAAUCCUCACUUUACUUUCUUGAGGAAGAGAAAAGACGUCAGACACAAAAGAACAAAUACAGUACAGUUCUGCUUAUAUGAGCGACCUACAAGGCAAGUUCUUCAAAACAGAAAGUAGAGUGGGGUUGCUUGCAGAUAGGAGACGGGGCGGGGGGUGGGAGGGGAUGGCGAGGCGUUACUGUGUAACUGAUACAGAGUCUCUGUUUGGGAUGAUGAAAACUUUCUGGAAAUAGACGGUCAUGACGGUUCCCCCGACUCUGUGAAUGUAUUCAGUGCCACUGAAUUGUGCUGUAUAAGAAUGUUAAGUGGUGUUUUAUUUUAUGGCUGUUUUACUACAAUAAAACAAAGGCAAUAAGAAGCA